UAUCAAAUUGGGAAUUUGUAACAAUUUACGAUGUGACGUAGAAAUAUUGAAUGAUUUUACAUGACACUCACGUAUUUACGUAUUAACAGAGGAAGCAGAGGCGUGCCAUAUUUCGCGUUUCGUUUCAAAUCGAGCUCUCACUUUCUAGCAACACGACCGGCAUCAGAUCACCAUACACAGGUACCACAACAGUCUUGCGCAACCAACGGUCGCGUUGGCAGCAGCACCAGGAGAGUUUUUUCAGUUCGAACCAAACCCAACAACACCAAAACAAACCAUGUUCGCGCGUCAUCCAGUGCGUUUCUUCAUAUAAGUUAUUACCAAUUAAGUUAUCAACUGAAAAAAAAGAAUUAUUAUUUAAAGUAUUUGUUGAAGUGAUUUAAAAAAAUUAUGGCUGAAAAAAUAUCUCAUAGUGGUCUUUUGGCGAGAAGUACUGAAGGACAUGCUGCAAGGGGUAUGCAGAUUAAAGGGAACGAGGACGUCUGGGUAGAGAUUCAGGCAAAUACCUUUAGGAAUUGGGUGAACGAAAAUCUCCCGAUGAAUUUACGCGUGCAAGAUCUUUCGCAAGAUUUAUGUACAGGUGUUCGGCUAUGCACACUGGUUGAAAAUCUUCAGGGACACGCGAUUAGGCCCGCAUGGAAUAAAAGACCGAUGAAUCAACAUCAUUAUUUGGAAAAUGUUACUGCGGCUUUAAAUGCAAUUGAACAAGAUGGUGUUAAAUUGGUUAAUAUUGGAAACGUGGAUAUCGUAAAUGGUAACUUAAAAUUAAUUCUUGGUCUAAUUUGGUCGUUAAUCGUUCGAUACCAAAUCGGAAAAUCCAAAUUUCCGCCCAGAAAACUUAUGCUCGCCUGGCUUCAAGCUGUUCUUCCCGAAUGCAAAGUUUCCAACUUUACAACCGAUUGGAAUUCGGGUAUUCUUUUAUCCGCGCUAAUUGAUUAUUGCAGACCUGGUUUAUUUUCACAUUGGAGAAAGCUUGAUAAACACAAUGGCAUCGAAAAUUGUAGGAGAGCCAUGGAGAUUGCCCAACGCGAUUUGGGAAUUCCCGCCGUUUUAGAGCCAGAAUAUUUAGCUUCACCCUGGUUGGAUGAAUUAUCAGGAAUGACGUAUUUAUCGUAUUUUAUGAAACCGGGAUCACCGGGAUUUUAUGCCACAUUAAGAUGGGUUAAUUCAAGAUUAGAAAAACCCGUUGAAAAUUUUACUACUCAUUGGAAUGAUGGAAAAGUUGUUAGUGAAAUUAUUAGAUCUUUAGGAGGAUCUGGGCCUGCUCCGGAGAAAAUGCGGAGUGAUCCCGCUUAUUGGGAAACGAAUUGGACUCAAGCAAUUGAAGCCGGAAAACGAUUAGGAGUCCAACCGGUUUUAUCACCUAAAGAUAUGGCCGAUUAUAAUGUGGAACAUCUUGGAGUGAUGGCUUACGCUGCGUAUUAUCAAUGGGUCCCGGAAAGACCUCCUUUACAAGAUAUGAUUAACGUUCGAUUAGAAUCAACAUCAGGAAGAGUUGGAGAACCGACUAGAUUUCAAUGCCAAUUAUUAGACCCCCAACUAUCACACAGAAACGUCACCAUUGAAGUUAGAGGACCAGACAACAAAGUAUAUAGAUGUAACAAUUACAAAAAUGGUCAAGGAAUUUAUGUUCCGUUAAAAGUGGGCAUGCACGAACUCGUUGUUUUGUAUGACGGCGAAGAAGUUUCCACUGGAAACUUUUUUAGGGUGUUACCCAGGAUGGUUGAUGUAGCUCCACCUGGAAUGGCACCUUGUGCUCUGGGUUCACUCGUUCAAGUUUUAGUUAAUGCAACAGGAGCACCACGACGUGAAGACAUUCUAGUAACAGCUUAUAGCCCAAAUGGACGUCCAUUAGAGUGCCCAUUAACAACAGUCGAUGGCACAAAUAGCGCAACAUUUAAACCUGACGAACCAGGAGAAUGGAGAAUCGAAAUAACAUAUCAAGGAAAACAAAUACAAGGUGGUCCAUUUACUUGCUCAGUUUUUGAUCCAAACGGAGUUCAAGUAUCCGGUUUGGAAGGAGCUUUACCCAUGAUUCCUCACGCAAUCGAUUUGGAUUGUAGAAGAGUUGGAGUGCCUGGCGAAGUAUUUGCGGACGUUGUUCAUGAUAAACGCUCCGUUCAUUGUCGUUUAGAGAAAGUUGACAAUUCCGGAUUUUUAUAUCGAAUUCACUUUAUACCUAAAGAAGCUGGUAAACACCGGGUUUAUGUUUAUUUUAAUGGUUACGAUGUUAAAGGAUCCCCGUUUAUGAUGAGAGUUGGUACUCAAAGACGAUCGAAAUCUUCUUCAACUAAUAAUAGCCCGAAUGCGACUUACGUUAGGCACAGCCCUAAAUUAAAUUCGCCUAGUCCUAACUCAGAACGUUACAUUACGAAAAGUUAUAAUUUUUCUAGUCCGGUUGAAGAAUUAAAAGAAUUAAACAACACGAAAUACACUCAAGAAUACCGAGCUAAAAGCUUAUUAGAGAAGCGAAUGUCAAAUUCGCCAAUUUUCGAUGAAAGAACAAGUAGUCCUGGAUAUAUUCCAAGGGCUAGUAGUCCGUCUUUAGCACCGAGAGCGCAAAGUCCCGGUUUCGCUAGAAUUCCAAGUCCCGCUUUUGGGAGAGCUCAAAGUCCUGAUUAUAUCACCAGCAGGAAAUUAAAUAGUAACACUCGUUUUGAAAGUUCUAGUCCAUCAUCUUUUACGAAACAAUCCAACGAUUACGAAAGCAGUUACGUUAAUAAAAUGUCUUCGAUGAAAAUUUCUGAUGCACCCAGCAAAAGUCAAAAUUUUAUUCCCGUUGAGCGACCAAGUCCAGAAAACGUUUAUUCCUCUUCGAAAUACAGCACGCAAAAAACCGAAUCGAGAUUCAAUUCUUACGAUAGAACCGACGACGGAGUCGAUACUUCCCCUAUCGUUAAAGUUUCCCAAUAUGAUAAGGGCGCGAGAAGGGAUUCUUGGGAUGCUAUAGCAAAAACAAAGAAUAUUUUAUCGCGAAGAAGUUUGGAAUCAAUUGCUAAUUUGACUGAAGAACAAUUAAAUUCAAGGGUGUAUCAUCAUAAAAAAGAAGAAGAUUUUAAUGAGUACAAUUAUGGUUCUUCUCAAAAUUAUAGUACCAAUAAAUAUUCUUCAGGGGAAAAUUAUUCUUAUCGCGUUGGUGGUAAAGGCGGGGGUGCAGGUGCUGUGAAAGUUCAGCCAGUACCUGAUGGUAUUUUGGGGCAACCAGUCGAAUUUGAAAUUGAUGGUUCUGGUGCUGGUUCUGGCGAUCUUGAAAUACUUGUUGAAGGUGGAAGAGUAACAUCGAGCGUAAGAAGUUUAGGUGGACAAAGAUUUAAAGCGGCUUUUACCCCACACCAAGCUCUUCCGCACCGAGUUGAUAUCAGAUUUAAUGGGGACACAGUUCCGGGAGAUGCUACUGUUUCUAACUAUUAUUUUAAUUUUAAAAUAAUAAUUUUUCUUUUCCAUUUAAUUUCAGUUGAUGCAAGUCAAGCUGGAGAAGGUCAACUAGAAAUUUCAAUAAACGAAGGAGAAGUUCCAAAUCACGUUCAAGUGGUUGGUGGUGGAAGAUGUUUAGUAUCAUUCACCCCCGAUCACGCCAAACCGCACUUAAUCGAUAUAAAAUUCAACGGAGAAACCGUUCGAGGAUGUCCGUUUGUUUGUUCGGUGGCCGAUACCAGCAGAGUAACUUUAAGCUUAACACAUUUAGAAUUAAUUCCCGUAAACCAACCAAGCUCCUUCCAUAUGGGAGUAGCCGGCGGAGGAGCAGCAGAAUUAGCUGUGGCCGUUCGUGGCCCAAUCGGUGAAUUACCGGUUAAAGUUAUCGGUGAUAUACAUUCCGGAUUUACGGCAGAAUUUACUCCGAGUCAAGUUGGAGCCCAUCAAAUUACAGUCGAUUAUAAUGGAAGACCCGUUCAAGGAACUCCAUUUAUUGCGAAAGCGUUUGAUUCUUCUCGAGUAACUGUGGGUCAUGUGGCACGUGGAACUGUUGGAAGACCGGUUACUUUUUCAGUAGACGCUAGCGAAGCGGGCGAGGGAAACUUAGAAAUCACCAUUUCAGCGAGAGGAAUGAACAUUCCAACUCAAGUCCACCCCCAAGGAAAUGCAAGAUUCGCUGUUAGUUUUGUCCCGGCGGAAGCGUGUGAUCACGUGGUUAAUGUAGCAUUUAAUAAACGACCUGUGGUUGGGUGUCCAUUAAUCGUUGGGGUUGGAGGUGGUACAGGAAGUGGACCGAGCGUUACAUUACCAGGACCUGGACCUAUUCAUAGGCCCAGCACUUUAUUGAUUAAUCAUCCGGGGAGGUUGGAAGAUAUUGAAAUUAAUGUUGAGGGCCCCGGAGGACAAUCGGUUCCAACGCAAGUCCAACCGCUUGGUAACAAUCAAUUUCGAGCCGAAUUCGUUCCUAGAGUAGUCGGAGAACACCGAAUUAGUGUCAGUGUUAAUGGGGUGCCCACUGCCGGAAGUCCUUACGCUGCGAAAGUUUACGAUGUCCAAGCCAUCAAGGUCAAAGAAGCCACUAUGGGAAUUAUUGGAAAACCAGUAACAUUCUUAGUUGAGACCAGUCAAGCAGGUCCCGGAAAUUUAGAAGUAACGGUGAACGGCGGAAGAGUACCAACAUCCGCGCAAGCUCAAGGUCCCCAUACUUACGCAAUAUCUUUUACGCCGAGAGACGCAACACCGCACUCGGUUGAUUUAAGAUUUAAUGGGCAAGAUGUACCCGGAAGUCCAUUUAAAUGUAUAGUAGCCCCCGCGGCUCGAAUAAUAGCCCCGGAAGCUUUAGAUAAAGUUUCUGUUGGACGAGCUUGUACAUUUUCCGUCGAAAGCCCCAAUCCACCCGUUGUCGAAGUUUUAGGCCCUGCGCGACGAUCUCUUUCAACGCAAGUAACACCUCAAGUCGGAAACACCGCCGGAAAAUACGAUGUUAGUUUUACCCCGAUGGAUGUGGGAGAUCACAGCGUCGAAGUUAGACUACCAGGUUUCCACAUCGAAGGAAGUCCUUUUUUGGUUAAAGCAUAUGAUGCAAAUCGAGUUAGUGUAACCGAUAUAAACGAUGGAAUAGUUGGAAAACCCGUAUCUUUUAGUAUAAACGCUUCGCAAGCUGGAGCCGGGAAUUUAGAAAUAAUAGUAGCCGUUAACGGAAGAAAUGUACCAAAUUUUGUACAAAGCGAGGGAAACGCGAGAUUUAAAGUUAACUUUAAACCAACAGAAGCAGCCGUUCACACUUUAAGCGUUCGAUUUAACGGGCAAGCGGUUCCCGGGUCACCAUUUAGUUGUAAAGUAAGUCCCGGAAACACCCAACCGAGAGUUCCCGUUUCCGGCACUGGAAUUGAAUUAGCCGCAGUUGGACAUCCUGCAGAAAUUAAAAUUGAAAAUCCCGGAAAUACAUCAACAUCCGAACCGCAAGUUAUCGCAACAGCGCCAACGGGAAAGAUUUUAUCAUCCAGAAUCAUACCUGCAUCUGAUGGAUUCGUCGCUAAAUUCACACCGGAAAUGGUUGGAAGACAUUCCGUUGCGAUUUUAAUAAAUGAUCAACACGUUAUUGGAUCUCCAUUUAGUUGUAACGUUUACGAUGUAAAUAAAGUGAUGGUUAGCGGGUUACCUGGGCAAAAAUCUGAUAUAACCCGUGCGUUAUCUGAAUUAUCUUUAAAAGAUUCUCCUCCUGCAGAAGUAGGAAAACCAGUAACGUUUAGUGUAGAUGCUGCCCAAGCGGGCGAAGGUACUUUAGAAUUAGUCGUUUCAACGCAACAUACAACGAUAAAAGCGGAAGUUGUUGCGUGCGCAAGAGGAUUAUACGACGUCACUUUUGUACCGCAAAGUAGCGAAGAUCAUUUUGUUAAUAUCACAUUUAAUGAUAUGUCAGUAAUCGGAAGUCCAUUUCAUUGCUCCGUCAUCGAAGCAACUCAAUACAUACAAAUUGGAUCAAUGGUUUAUAUUGAUUUACCAACCGAUCAACAUCGUUUAGAAAUAAUCGAUAACAAUAAUCAUAGUGUUAAAUAUGUUGCAACAAAUGGAAAAGCAGAAUUUACAGCUUCCCAAACCGGAACCUAUCGAAUACAAAUUUUUAGAAGCUUAGAAUUAAUAACAACAAGAACAUUACACGUUUAUGAUACAAAUAAAAUCGAUGUUGUUAACGCACCUGAGUGUACUUGUAAUCGCCCCGCGGUUAUUGGAGUUAAUUUGAAUCGAGUGGGACCCGGAAAAUUAUCAGCAAUCGUUAAAGUUGGUAACCGUGAGAUUCCAUACAGUGUAAGGCAAAGCCCAUCAAAUCCAAGCAUAUGGGAAAUCGUUUUUCAUCCAAUUUACGCCGCUCCGCAUCGAGUCACACUUUUAUAUAACGGUGUUCCUAAACCAGGAGUUUUAGAAAUUCCCGUUAAAGCACCCGGAAAUGAACCAUGGGCUGCAGGACUCGGAUUGUAUCAAGCUCGUUUAGGUAAAGUCACAUCAUUCCAUAUAGACACUUUAGGAAGAUCAGCAAGAGAAUUCGACGUAGUUGUUAGUGGACCAACCGGAUCGGCUCUUCCGGUUAGAUGCUAUCAAACGAAAACAGGAAAACUCCAAGCCGAAUUCACAUCAAGAGAUGUCGGCCCACAUCAAGUUGAAGUACUUCAUCAAGCAAAACCGGUUACGGGAAGUCCAUUUCUUUGCCAAGCUUACGAUCCCGAUUGCGUUAAAAUAAUCGAUAUUCCAACAACUCAAGGAAACGUAGGCGAAAAAGUCAUCUUUAACGUUGUAAAUAAAAACGCGGGUGAAGCCGAUUUAGAAAUAACAGUAACCAACCCUCUUGGUCAAUGGUUAAAUGUACAACAAAUUAUCGUCGAAGAAAACGUCACACAAAUUUCUUUCUUGCCACUGUUACCGGGGUUGUAUCAAGUUGUCGUUACUUACGGAGGUAGCCCAGUUAAGGGAUCACCAUUAGCUUUGGGUGUCGGUCCUGUUGGACCUACCCCACCUCCGAGAGCCGUUGGAAAAGGUUUGGAAUGCGUUCAAGUCGGAGAAAGAACUAAUUUUACGGUUAGCAGCGUUGUGCAACCUCGUGUACAAAUAGAAGCAGUUGAAGGAAGUAUUGAUGCGCAGAUUCAAUCGCCAAAACCUGGAGAAUAUCUUGUUAGUUAUACUCCGAAAUGGGUUGGAAUUUAUGAUGUUAUCAUUAGUAUCGGAUUGAAUGAUCUUCCAGGAUGUCCAUUUAGACCAAUUUCAGUAGAUCCAUCAUCUGUAAGAUUAAUAGGUGGUUGGAAUCAAUAUUUAGACGAUUCUGGAAGAAUUAAGUUACCAGCAAAAUUGGCAUUUGACGUAUCAAACGCAGGCCCAGGAAACUUAGAAUGUAAAAUUGAAGGGAGAAAAAUAAAUGCUGAAAAAUCCGGUUCAAGAAUUCGUUUUGAUUUAUCCUCUGAAGGUUUAAACGCGGGCGAACACGAAUUAGAAAUGACUUUUUCAAAUUUUGAACUUCCCGAUGCGCCGAAACAUGUCGUUUCUUUAGGAGAUCAAGUUGUUCUUACUGGGCGUGGAUUAGCGCAAGCUCAAUGCGGGGAACCUGCUAUAUUUAACAUCGACGGAUCGAAAGCGGGUACUGGAAAUCCCGAGGUUACUUUACACGCCGCUGAUACAAAUCUUCCAAUUCCCGUUAUGAUAAGUUUAGCUGGCGAAAAAAUAUGGAGGGCUACUUAUACAAUAAACCAACCUGGAAAUUAUAUGUUAUCUGUUUUAUGGGCUGGAAGACCUGUUAAAGGAUGCCCGUUGAUGGUCGAAGCGAAAGGAGGAGCUGACGCUUCAAAAGUAUUAUGUUCCGGGGAAGGUUUAAGACAAGGAGUGGUAGGGCGAGAAAUCCGAUCGUGGAUUGACACUAGAAGAGCUGGACCAGGAGAAUUAACAGCUCAUUGUACCGGGCCAAGAAAAGUUGCUUACUGCGAAUUGUACGAUCACGGAGAUGCUACUUUUACAUUAAACGUCAAACCGCAAGAACCCGGAAAACAUGCGUUAACAAUUAAAUACGCUGGUCAACACGUCCCUGGAUCACCAUUCACUUUAAGGGUUGCCGGUGCUCCAGAUGCUAGCAAAGUGAAAGUGUAUGGUCCGGGAAUUGAACAUGGAGUUUUAGCAACGUUUCAAUCGAGAUUCAUUUGCGAUACUCGAGGUGCUGGUGCCGGUCAAUUAACUGUUAGGGUUCGUGGUCCCAAAGGAGCUUUUAGAGUUGAAAUGCAAAGGGAAAGUCAAAAAGAUAGAACAAUUCUUUGUAAAUAUGAUCCAACGGAACCUGGCGAUUACAGGGUAGAAGUAAAAUGGGCUGGAGAAUUAGUUCCAGGUUCACCAUUCCACGUUAUGAUUUUCGAUACUCAAGAAGAACUUAGACGCUACAUCAAUACAAUGUAGACAUCAGUAUAUCACAAUGGGAACGGAACUAUUUUUAUUUAAAACCUUUUUUAUCUAUUCUCUCAUUGUUAUUAAUUAUUGUUCUAUUUACUAACGAAUUUGUUUAAUUAGAUUUACUAUUAUUACAUUUUUU